AGGUGCCACAACUGUCCCUGUCCUGGAAGAUUCUGGCUCCACCAUCAUGGAGAAAGUUGAGAGAAUUACUAUGAAAUACCUCUCAAGAAGUUAACUGUUGAUGAUCUUCGUGGGAUGAGUGAGAGCAUCAAGAGACUGGUGGAGGCUGGCCUGGUGUUUGGUGUUCAGCAAGACAAAAAUAACCUCUGCUUGUCCAGGAUAACUUUAGGAGAUGGUCAACUGUAUCUCCACACUCUCCAGCGCUACCCUCUACCCACCAGUACUAUCCAGGUGACGGAGGUGAUGGAGGCCCUGGAGUCGUCCUCCACUCUGGUAUUUCUUGACCUGGCCUGGCCUGGAUCACCCAGACGAAGACUCCACAUCCAGCUGAAUACUGAUACCAUGCUGGCCAAACAGUUUGUGUUGUUGUGUACUGGACAACAUCAGUCAGGCUCCUCCUUCCUCAACACUAAACUGUUGUGGUUGGGGAACAAGGGUCAGCCAGGGGAGCAUGUGUUGGGUGGAGACUACCAGUAUAAUAAUGGUGAUGGAGGAGCACCACUGCUGACUCAUAAGUAUGCUUACCAGUACCAGGAGUCAGGCAGUGCUGGUACUGUGUUGUCAUGGUAUGACCCAUGGACUAGCAAGAGUACACAGUUCUCCAUCACCACAACGGAUCGCACAGAUGGUAGGCAGUGGCCCCGUGUCUUUGGUAAGGUGGUGAGAGGCCUGGAAGUGUUGAGGGCAGCAGUCAACCACAGUGACAUCACAGAGGUGACUGUGGUUGACUGUGGUGUUGUAUUGACUCUCUAGUUCACUGUACUAUCACUAUUGUCACUAGCACUAAUGUAUAUCACCAUCAAUGCAAUGAAGUCACAUUCACUGCAGCAGUAUCACCAUCACUAGAGCGGUGUUUCACAAUCACUAAAGUGGAAUGUCACUAUCAGUACAGGUCUCACAAUUACUACAGUGGUGUCAAUGCAGAAGUGCUCAACGAGCACUGUGUUGUGACCAUGACAGUGGUUUCACCACCACUACAGUGGUGUCACCAUCGCUACAGAGGUAUCACCAUCAGUACAGUGGUGUCACCAUCACUACAGUGGUAUCACCAUCAGCACAGUGGUGUCACCAUCAGUACAGUGGCGUCACCAUUAGUACAGUUGUAUCACCAUCAGUACAGUGGCAUCACCAUCAGUACAGUGGUGUCACCAUCAGUACAG